CAGUAGAUAGAAGUGCUAGGGGUGGACCUGUGGGCCCCUGCCCUGCUCAGUCCCCACCCCAUUGUCCUGGGGAGGGCUCUCCCCACCCUGCAGACAUGUGGUCACAUUCCUCCAGUUCCACCAUCCCUCCUGGAGGCUGCCUCACUGGGGCCACCUCUCUGGCAUGCAUCACUAAAGGGAAACAGGGGGAGACGGGGUAAGGGUAGGGGGCAGGUGGGGGCCCUGGAUGCUGGCCCCAGGGUCCCCAAGAAGGGAUGCCUGCCCAGUUAGGGCUGCCAGGGGUAUGUGCCUGCUUGGAUGUUACCGCUUCCUGGUGGAGUCCACAGCCUGAUGGGCUCUGCUAUGGCCUGGUGCUCCUUCCCACCUGCCCACGUUCCUGAGGGCUGCAUGGCCUCUUCUUGGAAACUGUGACCCCUUCUGCCAGCAGCACCCCACUACCCCCCCAAUGGAUGGGGCAGUGGGGUGGUGAAGUCCAGGGGUAGAGGCUGAGUGGGACUACACCUGGUCCAGUCCGUCCCCAGCCAAUCCCUUCUACACUAAGAUGUUAAGAAGAAAGCAGCUUCACAGAAUGCUCACGCUCUCUAGGCUAGAGACAGCCGAGGACGUGGGCGCCACGGGAGGAGCCAGCCCCGAGUCUCCCCCAGAGCGCAGCGGCGGUGCGGGGCCUGAGCAGCACCAGGAAUCUGAUGGUGAGCGGGACUCGGGGCCAGAGCAGGCCCAGACCAUCUACCGGGAUAUCUGGAGCCUGCGCGCCUCUCUAGAGCUGCAUGCCGCGGCCGCCUCCGACCACAGCAGCAGUGGCAACGACCGCGACUCAGUGCGCAGCGGCGACAGCUCGGGCUCAGGCUCCGGGACCACCGUGCCCACUUUCCCACCGCCCUCGCCGCCACCCACACCACGGUCCGCGGAGAGCGAGGCGGGCGGUCCGCGAAAGCUGCUACAGAUGGACAGCGGCUACGCCAGCAUCGAGGGCCGUGGCGCGGGUGAGGACGGGCUCCCCAGCGCGUCCGAGAAGCGCUCUUCCUUCACCAGCGCCGGCCGCACGUCCACGGUGGGCAGCAGUUUCGAGGGGGCGCUGGCGCCCACUGAGGCGCCCGCCCGGCCCCGCAGCCCCCGCGCCUG